AUGAGAUCCAGCUAUCUGUGUGGAUUAUCGUCCUGGCAUCCAUCGUGGCUCCAGCGGUACGCCACGUCAAGGACCUUCAUCAUGGUGUAUGGACUGCUGGGAACGACUCAAGCAAUGGCCUACAUAUACUUCGUGAUCACAUUGACCACGCUCGAGAAGCGCUUCAAGAUUCCCUCAUCUACCACAGGAAUCAUCCUCAGCGGUAAUGAAAUAUCGCAGAUCCUGCUUUCGCUAAUCCUGUCGUACGUUGGUGGACAUCGCAACAGACCCCGAUGGAUAGCAUGGGGCGUCGUGUUUUGCGCGCUCUCAUGCUUUAUCCUGGCCUCACCCCACUUCAUCUACGGAGCAGGUGAAUCUGCGCUUCAGCUCACUAAGGAAUUCAUUAACGAUCAGGAAGCAGAAGCACUUUUAAAAAGUCACAACCUCACGACUAUAGUAAAAAGUACAAAUCGUCUCUGUUUAAGUGCCUUUACACCAAAAGAGUGUCAUGAUAUUAUCUCGGUUGUUCCACUGAUACUAAUUUUUAUGUCCCAGUUCGUGCUGGGAAUCGGCAACACUCUCUACUAUUCGCUUGGUCAAACAUAUCUGGAUGAUAAUACCAAGAAAACCAACACGCCACUAAUGCUAGCUUAUGCUUCAUCGCUACGAACAUUUGGGCCGGUCGUUGGAUUUGCACUAGGUUAUUUCGCGCUUAAGAUCUAUAUUGAUCCUUCUAAAACGCCCGUCAUCGACAGUUCCGAUCCCCGUUGGCUGGGUGCAUGGUGGCUAGGAUGGAUUAUUCUAGGUGCAGCAAUGUUGGUCUUUGCAGCUCUAAUUGGACUGUUCCCGAAGGAAUUGCCCAAGAACAAACCAACGGAAAUUAAACGACCAAAAUCUAAUAUGCCUGUUGUAUUGAUGAAUGAUGCGGAAGCGUUCGGUAGAGAAAAGAAUCCUUUGAGUAGAGCAAAAGACCAUACCAAUCAUACCAUACCCAAUGGCACAGAUGAAGUGGUUGCACCUCUGGUGGAAUUCCCGCAAUUGAAAGAUUUUCCCAAGGCACUGAUGCGGCUUCUCAAAAAUAAACUGUUGAUGUUUAACAUAAUCUCUGGUAUAUUUUACAUUCUUGGCUCUAGUGGUUACAUUACAUUCCUCAGCAAGUACAUUGAGGUUCAGUUUCAUAAAUCUACGGCUAACGCGACAGUGAUCACCGGUCCGAUUACCCUCUUCGGAAUGGUUGCAGGAUUUUUAAUCUCAGGCAUCGUUAUCUCAAAGAAGAAACCAUCGCCGAAAAUACUUUUGUUUUGGAACGUGAUUGUCGGAAUUGGUUACAUGUGUGGUCAGUUUUCUUACCUGUUCCUAACCUGUCCGGAUGGCAAUAUGCCUCUUGUUCAAGGCCGACUAAAUCUAUCAACUGCAUGCAAUAGUCACUGUCAUUGUGAUGGCAUUCCAUACAGCCCUAUCUGCCAGGAAGAGACGGGAAUCACCUUCUUCUCGGCAUGCCACGCCGGUUGUGAUAUGUGGAAUGCUACUGGAAAAUUCUACGACCAAUGCACAUGUCAAAACGAAAACUAUUCAUCUGUUAAAGCACCCUGGGAAACGUCAUUCCGGUACUCUGAACCACCAACAACAAAGCAGCCUUCAUCCCCAAGUCACUACGUAACAAACAGUAUUACAACUUCUACUAGCGCUACCACUACUACUAACACGACCACUAGCUCGACUGAAGAUCCGGAAUAUGAAGAUUUUCCAAAGUUCAAAUCAUUGCUACCACAGGAGAAUGUCACAAACCUAGAAAUCAAAUCAGCAAACGACACGUCGGAAGACGAUUCUUACAUUUACGAUGAAAAUGUGCAGGACUACUUGGAUCGGUUAUUAAACGGCGAAGGAGAUUUCAAUGCUACAUCAAGUGAAGAACACGACCCAUCGAGGCAACGACGAGAACUAACGGAUACCACCACCAUUAGCAGCAGCAGUGGUAAAAGCACGCUCAGUACAACAUCCUACCAGGACGAAGAAGUUUUCAGUGCAAGGCUCAUACCCGGUGCUUGCUUGAAAGGAUGCGCCUAUGGAUUCUAUCUAUUUUCCAUCAUAUCCAGUAUUAUCAACUGCUUCGGUGCUUCCGGCCGUAUCGGAAAUUUACUGGUUAAUUACAGAUGUGUUGCCAAAGAAGACAAGUCUUUUACGCAAGGCCUUAUUCUGAUGAUGAUCAGUUUGUUCGCACUCAUUCCUGGGCCGAUUAUCUACGGAAGAAUAAUAGACAGCACGUGUCUGGUGUGGACGGAAGAGUGUGGCACACGAGGAAACUGUCAACUGUACGAUCAACGGCUAUUUCGGUAUUAUAUCAACUUUACGGCACUAGCUCUUACGACGGUGGGAGUACUAUUCGACGUUUUGGUAUGGUGGUACGGAAGAUCGUUGGACCUGUACGGUGAGCGGGAAGCGGAAGAGAAGAAAACGGUCGCCAAAGUUCCGCCCAAGAGUGCCUUUUCGUGA